UACACUCUGAUAAAACAUUUCAAAACAUUCGGGAAGAUAAAGAAAUUGGACUAUUUAUAUCAUACAAGUGGCCCUUAUGAGGGACGCCCCAGGGGAUAUGCAUUUAUAGAGUACGAGAGCCUGCUAGACGCAACAACAGCGAAAGAACUAUCCCAUAAGCGCGCAUUUGAUGGUAAACUUAUCGUA